GCCGUAACCCUAACCCUAGGCCUCUCGAUCACUCUCUUCGCCUUCAGCCGCCUCUCGAGAUCUAAAGAUGGAGGUGAGAGGAGCGGAUCGGGGCUUGGAUUCGACCGGAAUCGGUCGUUGUACUCGAAGGAGCUUAGGUUUGGGCAUGGAUCGGGUGGGGUUGGGCGAGAUUCGAGGUAUUGGGAUAAGGACGAUCGAAGGAGAGAUCAGGAUUAUGAUGAGGAGGAUGUUCUAGGGCAUAAAAUUGAGAAAAUAGAUAAAAAUAUCGGGGUGGUUAGUGAAAAGGUGAGGGGAAAGAGCGGAAGCGGUAGUGGUGGACUGUAUAAUGAAGGAGGGAGAAAGGAACUGGAUUCGUAUAAUGAGAAGUAUGAAGCUUCGUUGGCGGGUGAAGAUGUUGGGUUGGAUGAUGAGUACGAUGAUGGGAUCGAUGUCCAGGACGAUCAUGAUGACGAGGAGCAUGAGCAUGAGCAUGAUGAUGCUGAUGGAGAUGGUGGUGGUAGGAAACUUGGUAAUGUUGACGGUGAAGAACAUCAUGAAGAUAUGAAGGUUAAUGUGGAAGAGAAUGAUUCUUCUGAGGCUGCUAUAAGUGGGAACGGUAGUGGGAGUAGAAAUAAGGGGGAUAAGGGUUCAGGUUCGAAGAAGAGCUCGAAAUCGAAGAAAAAGCCGAGGCACCAUAGAUCUCCUGGUUCAUCUUGUGAGAUGAAGUUCCUAAACUCUACAGAGCAACUAAUAGAGCCUCUAGAAAACAAGAAAUUUUCAAGAUUUUCAUUGCAGUAUACACAAGUAGAAGGAAGGCCCAGUGGAGCAAGUAACUGGGAACCGAGAUUUGCUGGUCAUAUGACUCCUCAAGAAAGAGAGGACUCUUUUUAUGCGCGUGACCAGAGGAUUAACUGUGGCUUUAUUAAAGGCCCCAAGGGUUAUUCAAGUACUGGAUUCGAUCUUGCAGAAGAUGAUGUGAAAUACAUGAGCAGUUGUCACAUAGCUGUAUCGUCUUGCAUCUUUGGAAACUCUGAUCAUUUGAGGUCGCCCUAUUACAAAGUGAUCACACGCCAGUCGAGAAAAAGUGUGUGCUUCGUUAUGUUCAUGGAUGAAAGUACAUUGCAGACGUUAGCAUCGGAAGGCCAGAAAAUGGACAGCAUGGGAUUCAUCGGUUUGUGGAGGAUUGUAGUGGUUAAAAACCUACCUUCUUCUGACAUGCGAAGAGUUGGGAAAAUUCCCAAGCUUUUGACUCAUCGACUCUUUCCUUCUGCAAGGUAUUCAAUCUGGCUUGAUAGCAAAUUGCGACUUCAAAAUGAUCCUUACCUCAUCUUAGAAUACUUUCUCUGGAGGAAAGGUCACGAGUAUGCCAUUUCCAAUCACUAUGAUCGGCAUUGUGUUUGGGAAGAGGUGGCACAAAAUAAGAAACUAAACAAGUACAAUUAUACUGUCAUCGAUGAACAGUUUGAAUUCUAUCGGGCUGAUGGAUUAACAAGAUUUGACCCUUCUGAUCCUAAGAAACUACUUCCAAGCUAUGUUCCUGAAGGUUCGUUCAUUGUAAGAGCGCACACACCGAUGUCCAAUUUGUUUUCUUGUCUAUGGUACAAUGAGGUAGAUCAUUUUACUCCUCGCGAUCAGCUGAGCUUUGCUUACACGUAUCUGAAGCUUAGAAGGAUGAAUCCUGGGAAAACUUUUCAUUUGAAUAUGUUCAAGGAUUGUGAGAGGCGCAAGAUUGCCAAACUUUUCCGGCACAGAGCAGAGGACAAGCGAAAUCUUCUGACGCAGUCCCUGAGAUGAUAAAUGGUGUGUUUUUGAAGGGAUGAAUUGGGGGUUCCUUCUCGUGUACAUCAGAGUGUGGAGGGUCCUGCUCUCCUUGGAAGUUCAUUAUAAGUCCCUCAUCAUUGUUUCCUUAUUGCCUCGUUAUUUUUUUGUUAUAUUAGAUAGAGCAAUUUGAGGCUUUUGGGUUAUAUGUUUCAAUUGAUUCAAGUGGUUUUGGCUUGGGCUAUUCAUAUGAUCACGGUUCUUAUGCCCCCCCUGUAGCAAAUGUAAUAUCACCUUAUUGAUUUAUUGUAGAGAUACGUUCAUUCUAAUAUUUCAUUCUAGUGUUUGUAGAUC